CAGCGCCAAAAGAUCUUCUUGAACGCCAAGUCGACUCGUCACCUCACUCGUGACAAGAGAUGGUACAAGGAUGUUGGUCUUGGCUUCAAGACCCCCCGCGCUGCCAUCGAUGGUGACUACAUCGGUGAGUGUGCCCUCUUGAGAGAACUCUGGGCGCUAUAGGGGAUACGAGAACUCUUGGGGUGGUAGGAUGCUCAGGCAAUGACCAGAUUGGGUUGGAAGAUCGUCGAAUCAACAAAGGCAGAUUGGAGGCACGGGUCGGGAAGAGAGGAUCACGCUUGUCAGGCAAUGGGUUAAGGAGCUGUGGUGAAGGGAAACACAGACAAAGAAACGCUCCUGUUCAUACUUUGUGCUUGCAAGCUGGCACCACCAAGCAAUUCGCUGAACCAUGUUGCAUCGCUUUUCUCGAUUUCCAGACAAGAAGUGCCCCUGGACCGGCAUGGUCUCCGUUCGUGGUCGUAUCUUGACAGGCAAGGUUGUCUCAACCAAGAUGGAGCGUACCAUCGUCAUUCGCCGGGAGUACUUGCACUACAUUCCCAAGUACAACCGUUACGAGAAGAGGCACACCAACACUCCCGUGCACUGCUCGCCUUGCUUCCGAGUCGACAUCGGUGACACCAUCGUUGCUGGACAGACCAGGCCUCUCUCCAAGACUGUCCGAUUCACUGUCCUCAAGGUUAACAAGGACCGUGGUCUGGUCAAGGCUGCCAAGAAGUUCAGCAAGUUCUGAGCCCCUUCAAACGCUCGGGAAUGAGAGCCGACAUCUGCACGCGGCGCAGGUUAGGCUCGCCUCACUAUGAUCACUUGGGCCUUCGAAUGUAGAGGCUGUCCUUGUGCUCAAGUACGACGGCCUCGGUGUCGUCUGUUUCAAUAGGUCACACACACCAAAACUUCGCAUCUUGAUUCUUGACACUCCACGCCCCCAGCAUGCCUUCAGAUACACGU